CCCCUCUUCUACCUCCCUGUUCCUGCUGACUCCCUGCUCACCCCUCUCCUCUUUUGCCUCCUCACCUCCCCCCUCUCUGGAUGCCAAUAUAACUUCUAGACAUGGAGCAGACAACAGUCACACAGCAACCAGAGCUGUCAAGCACAAAAGCCUCAGCAUCUGUGCUUCAAGAGGAGGAAGUGGUGUGCUACACUACUGGAAGUGAAUGCAACUUGAGGUCGAACGAUGUUCCUGCAGAGACAAAAGCAGUGCUCGCACAGCCGGGCCUGGGAGUCACCACUACGACCAUCACCACCAUCACGCAGACGGGAGGCGAUUGGAGCACCGGCCUGUUGGACAUCUGUGGAGACAAAACAACAUGUAUUCUUGGGGCUCUUGUACCAUGUUGUUUAGACCUGAGUUUGGCUCACCAAUAUGGUGAGUGUCUCUGCAUGCCUCUGCUGCCAGGAUCCACUUUUGCCUUCCGGGUUGGGAUCAGGGAGAGAUACAAGAUACGGGGUAGCGUGUGUGAGGACUGGACCACAGUGUAUUGCUGUUACCCUCUGGCUGUGUGUCAGAUGAUUAGAGAGAUGAAGUGGAGGAUGAAGACACAGACAUAUCAUGUGUCCACUGCCCUUGAAUGCUCCUGAAGAGAUCCCUGACAGUAAAUGAGUCCUGUCCUUAAACCAUUUUACAACGGAGACUUUUGAAGGCCAACUGAGAUUACUGGUAUGACCUGCUCCAAGAAUCAAUACUAUCAGGCUUCAACUCACUUUGAAAUUCCCCUGAGGAUGCCAUUGGCAACUUAAUCAAGCCUUCUGUACAACAUGCAUAACACUGCGGAAAUCAUUUGAUUAAUAGCAUUUUUUUUGUCAUAGUGUCUAGAGAUUAAAACAAUUCAUGGACCUCUGUAUUAUGAAUAAAAAUAAAUAAACUCUUAUUUUCAUGGAGAGACAGGAGCUCAUCUGCUAUAUUUUAAGUUAAUCAGGUUGCAAGAUGCAUGCUCUUCUCGUUUCAGUAGAUUUUUCUGGCGACAAGCAGCAUCAACCAUCUGGUACAACUCUCAGCCAGACAAUAAAAACAAAGGAAAAAAAACAGCAAUUUCCUUUUAUAUCUUAAAAUAUUGUCAUGCAUACAGCCAAUUCCCUCUCAUCCCCUGAAAAUAGAGACACUCUGAACUACCGAAGCUGUCAUUUUAAUGUUUGUUUUGAUCUUAAUCAGAAAACAACCAAAUGCCAUUCAACCCAGUUUAUAAUGUUUGAAUCCGAGGUAAACUUUGGUGGGUUCAACUUCUU